CUCCGGAAGAUGCCAAGACAGUCUGGGUGGUGACUUCCGGCUUGCUGAAGAAAGUUGGGCUGGGGAGGUUUGCUGGCUCCUGGGUUUUGCAAAAUGGAUAGCCAGGGAAGGAAAGUGGUGGUUUGUGACAAUGGAACCGGGUUUGUGAAGUGUGGCUAUGCAGGCUCCAACUUCCCCGAGCACAUCUUCCCUGCCUUGGUGGGCAGGCCAAUCAUUCGCUCCACAGCCAAAGUGGGCAACAUUGAGAUUAAGGACCUGAUGGUGGGCGACGAGGCCAGCGAGCUGCGCUCCAUGCUAGAGGUCAACUACCCCAUGGAGAACGGCAUCGUCAGGAACUGGGACGACAUGAAGCACCUGUGGGACUACACCUUCGGGCCUGAGAAGCUCAACAUCGACUCCAGGAACUGCAAGAUCCUGCUCACCGAGCCGCCCAUGAACCCCACCAAGAACCGAGAGAAAAUCAUUGAGGUGAUGUUUGAGACGUAUCAGUUCUCAGGGGUCUACAUUGCUAUCCAGGCUGUGCUGACGCUCUACGCCCAAGGCCUGCUGACAGGUGUUGUGGUGGACUCUGGGGACGGUGUGACACACAUCUGUCCGGUGUACGAGGGCUUCAGCUUGCCCCAUCUGACACGACGCCUGGACAUCGCUGGGAGGGACAUAACCCGCUACCUCAUUAAGGUACCUCUGACCCCUCACCUCCUGUUGUUGCUGAGGGGCUAUGCGUUCAACCACUCUGCGGACUUUGAGACGGUGCGGAUGAUGAAGGAGAAGCUGUGCUACGUGGGUUACAACAUCGAACAGGAGCAGAAACUGGCUCUGGAGACCACCGUGCUGGUCGAGUCCUACCAGGACACCAGGUCUGAGUUCUAUAAACACAUAGUGUUGUCAGGUGGGUCCACCAUGUAUCCAGGUCUUCCGUCUCGACUAGAGAGGGAGCUCAAACAGCUCUACCUGGAACGCGUGCUGAAAGGCGACGUGGACAAACUCUCGAAAUUUAAGAUCCGCAUCGAGGACCCGCCGCGGCGUAAGCACAUGGUGUUCCUGGGCGGGGCCGUGCUGGCGGACAUCAUGAAGGACAAAGAUAACUUCUGGCUGACCAGGGAGGAGUACCAGGAGAAAGGUGUCAGGGUGCUGGAGAAACUGGGAGUCACUGUCAGAUAAAGACCUCCACAAUGUUAAAGACCACACACACACACAUACACACACACACAAUCAAACAUAUAAAUAUCCAUAUAUUCACCCAAACACUGAAGGGUCAUCAUAGAGAAGCACCUAGAAUGGUGUAUGUGUAAAACACACAGACACACGGUUUCCUCCCCCAUGUUAGACUAGAUAUCUAUUUAUCCUUCUUCCUGUUCUAAACAACAGAAUCACGGCAUCACCGUAGGGAGUGAUGACGCCCUCCUCCUCUCCUCCUGUCGUCUGAUGGUCUAGUAUAGUUUAGCUCAGGGUUGGUAGUAGAGUUCAGGACACCACUCCUCCAGCCCUCCUCCUCUCCUCCUGUCGUCUGAUGGUCUAGUAUAGUUUAGCUCAGGGUUGGUAGUAGAGUUCAGGACACCAGCCCUCCUCCUCUCCUCCUGUCGUCUGAUGGUCUAGUAUAGUUUAGCUCAGGGUUGGUAGGAAUUUUGGUAGUAGAGUUCACGGUGAAUAUCAAGUCUCCUGAAGAAAGAAAUUCACAUUUUCACAACACGGUGAAAGCAAUAUGGUGGAAAGUUAGUCAAGGAGUCUAUUUCCACACUAUGCUAUUUUUUUUCCAGACUAGUGCAGAUCAGGGUUGAGGUCAAUUUCAGUUUAGAUUUUUUUUUUUUAAGAAAGUGAAAACUGAAUGGUCCCCAACCUUAAUGCAGACGAGGAGAACAACGUUAGACUAUUGAGACCCACCCCUAGAACAGUUAAACCUCUCCUUACCAAUCACUUCAAACUUCCCUGUCCUCUUCAUAAAGGAGUAGCUAGAAGCUGUCCCUAAUCGCUGAUGCAGGGUCAGAUGGUAUCAUAAAGGAGUCGCUAGAAGCUGUCCCUCAUCGCUGAUGCAGGGUCAGAUGGUAUCAUAAAGGAGUCGCUAGAAGCUGUCCCUAAUCGCUGAUGCAGGGUCAGAUGGUAUCAUAAAGGAGUAGCUAGAAGCUGUCCCUAAUCGCUGAUGCAGGGUCAGAUGGUAUCAUAAAGGAGUCGCUAGAAGCUGUCCCUAAUCGCUGAUGCAGGGUCAGAUGGUAUCAUAAAGGAGUCGCUAGAAGCUGUCCCUAAUCGCUGAUGCAGGGUCAGAUGGUAUCAUAAAGGAGUAGCUAGAAGCUGUCCCUAAUCGCUGAUGCAGGGUCAGAUGGUAUCAUAAAGGAGUAGCUAAAAGCUGUCCCUAUUCGCUGAUGCAGGGUCAGAUGGUAUCUCAUUGCCCAAGUGGUUAAAGGGAUAGUGUGAGAUUUUGGCAAUUAUUUUUGUUCUACUUUCCCAGAGUCAGAUGAACUUGUGGACACCAAAACAGGCUGAAGUUUCAGGCAGUCUUUUCAAACAGCUCUUACACUAAAAGAGCAUCAUCGUCAUUUUAACAUUUUCACAGUAUUAUUCCAUCCUCAUAAUAUGGAAAUGGAUUAUAAUUUUUUUUUUAAACCAAGUAAAUCACUUUUUUUUGACUGCACAGGUCCUUUAAGGUCAGGGUACGGUUAGGUUUGACUGAUCCCAAAUCUGUGGUUAUUUAGAGGCAACCUACCAUACGUUUUCUAGGACGUCCCAAUCAGGAUGCAUCUCAAACAGACAUUAGCCAGUCCAGUAUACACACAAACCUAUUAUUCAUGGAGAACUGAUCAUGUUUUUCUAUGAUGUUUUGUAUAUCAUGAUUUAUUCAUUUCUGUUUUUGGGAGAGGGAUGUCUUGAUUCUUCUGUUGGAUGUGUACAGAUCCUCAUCACCUUACAUUUUUAUUUGAUUUUUUACAUCAUUGUAUUUUUUGUGGUGCACGACCAUUUUAAAACGGUGCAUAUGUCAUAUGAAAAUUCCUCCUUGUUUUUAAUGAAGAAUUGAUGAUGAUGAUGAUUAUCAGGGAUUAUCUGACCCCCUUAUGACCUUAGUGACGGUUGUGGGGUUCGAAGGUCGGGGGUUCAAGAGUCGGGUUGUGUGAGGGUCAUGAUAUAUAAAAACAUGGUUCAAUCUGAAAGUUGUACUUAUUAGGUCUGUUCCAGUCGAGCUGCACACAACAACCAAUGGUUAUAUACCACGUCAUGGACUUCACAGUCGGGUAUCAGAUUGACUAUACAGUCACACCACACAACAACCAAUGGUUAUAUACCACGUCAUGGACUUCACAGUCGGGUAUCAGAU